GACGGCUUCGUAUCCUACAAAGAAGGAGUAGAUUAUGCUGAGAAUGUGCUGAAAGUUCAUGCAGACGAGAACUGGGAACGUCUUUUCCGCGAAAAAGACUUCGAUAGCGAUGGUAGGCUGAGCAAGAAGGACCAUCAGAGGACCCUGAUCAUCAUUUUCAAUGUUAUUCAUAGUCAGCCGAAAAACCUCGAUUGCACUUUCUCAGAUCCCAACAAGUUCAAGAGUCUUAUGACGUCAUGGUAUCGAGGAGACUAUAAUCUUCAGUACAACGACUACGCAGUGACUUCACCAGAUCCAUUGGAAACAAAAGAGGAUCCUUCUGAUAAAAAAUUGUAG